AUGACUCUCGUCGACUCUCUGAAGACUGCAUUGGUCCGUCGAGAGGCCAAGGAAGCCCGCCGCAGCCUAACACUCGUGCCGCAAGACGGGAGGGACUUCUCGUCCAAUGAUUUCUUAUCCCUCUCAACAUCUCCGGCGUACCGAAGUCGCUAUCUGGGCCACUUGAACAAUGCCUCAGAAAAUACCCAUUUUGCCAGCGGGGGAUCCCGAUUACUGGACGGCAACUCUGCCUAUGCCGAGGAACUGGAGCGCUUCAUUGCUGCAUUCCAUGAAGCGCCAAUGGCUCUUCUGUUUAAUUCCGGAUACGACGCAAAUGUGGGCGUCCUUUCCAGUGUGCCUCAACCAGGCGAUGUCAUCUUGUACGAUGAGCUUAUUCAUGCAAGUGUUCACGAGGGUAUGAGGCUCUCCCGGGCUGGGAAAAGAAAGAUGUUUACUCAUAGCUCUCCCACGGCUUUGAGGGAGGUUCUCAAGACCGAAAUUGCUACUGACCUUGAGGUACAAAAUGGAUCGCGGAAUGUCUUUAUCUUAGUCGAAUCCAUAUACAGUAUGGAUGGGGAUAUGGCGCCUCUCAAGGAGUUCAUUGCGGUUGUUGACGACCUCCUUCCCCGCGGGAACGGCUAUUUUAUUGUCGACGAGGCGCAUGCGACGGGUGUCUUCGGGCCUCGGGGAGCCGGUGUGGUACAGCAACUCGGUGUUCAAGACCGAAUCUUCAUCCGUGUACAUACUUUCGGGAAAGCGCUAGCGAGUCAUGGAGCCGUGGUUCUUUGUGGGUCUGAAACGAGAGACUACCUCAUCAAUUACGCCAGGAGUCUAAUUUAUACAACCGCUCUCGGCUUCCCAUUCCUGGCCUCCAUCCGCACCGCUUACGAGCUUCUAUCAUCGGGGGAGACCGAGCAGUUACAAGAACGCCUCCAGCGGUUAAUCCGUUAUCUACAUCAACGCCUGGGCAGUCUCCAGAUAGACUCAUCAGUCACGCUAUUUGAGGUCGACCACUUCCCAACAUCCCCCAUUUUCUCGAUUAGGACAUCGCAGCCACGUCUUCUAGCAAGUCAUUGUCGGAUGCAUGGAUAUAUCGCACGAGCCAUCAUGGCUCCUACUGUUCCGGAGGGAAAGGAACGUGUGCGUGUAUGUCUGCAUGCGGGCAAUACCGAAGAGGAAAUUGAUGGUUUGGUAGAUCUCGUUCAGAGGUGGCUAGAUUCCCAAUUGCGCAUGGGUGCUAAAUUAUGA